UUCGGCUCAUGAUUGGUUGUUCGAUCUGAAAUAUGUAAAUGAGUCACUUGCAAUGCCGACUGCGCUCACACACACACACACACACACGCCGGCUCGGGGAGCGCGUGCAGGGGGUGUAACCAUACAGAGAGAAUUAAAUAUAAAAAAUAAAUAAGCAGGGGUGUCAGAGAAAGCUCUGAAAAAAACCAGCACACAUCUCUGUUUCUUUCUUUUUUAAAAUGUCUCUCUCUGCCAUCACCUUCUCCUUUCUUCUCCGCCGCUCAUUCUCCUCGGUUAGCAGGAACGCUAGUGUGCGUUCGGGCCGGUGUGUGUGUGCAUGCGGGUCGGCAGUGCCUGGGAUCCGCUGGUACGCCGCUGCUCGUUUGGAUGCCGAUGGAAGCGGCCGGCCAACCACAUGGGACUCAUUUGGGAUUUGGGACAAUCGUAUCGAGGCGCCCAUCCUGUUGCCACCCAGCAUCCGCUACGGUAAACCGAUCCCGCGCAUAAGCCUAGACCACGUGGGCUCGGCCUCACAGAUUGGCCAUCGUCGUGACAACGAGGAUCGGCUCCGUGUAGCUGAGCUCACGCCCUCCACGCUCUAUUUUGCUCUGUUUGACGGACAUGGGGGCACGCAAGCCGCUGAUUUCUGCUACACACACAUGGAGCGCUAUAUUAGGAAGGGUCUGGAGAAAGAGUGGGAUCUAGAACAGGUGUUAACAAAAGCCUUCCUAGAGGUAGACGCUGCCUUGGCCUCCGAGGUGCAGAUGUAUGGCAAUGCCUCUCUGAUGACGGUGGGCACUACGGCGACGGUGGCUUUGCUAAGAGACGGGAUAGAGCUGGUCGUUGGGAGUGUUGGAGACAGUCGUGCCAUGCUGUGCAGGAAGGGUGAAGCAUACACACUCACUAGCGACCAUACACCCGAGAGAAAGGACGAAAAACAGAGAAUACGCAACAGUGGAGGUUUCAUAACUUGGAACAGUCUCGGUCAAGCCAAUGUGAACAGCCGUCUGGCGAUGACACGCAGCAUUGGAGAUUUCGACUUAAAGCAAAGCGGUGUUAUCGCAGAACCCGAGACCACUCGCGUUACAUUACAGCAUUCUCAUGACUCAUUUCUGGCCCUGACUACCGACGGCAUAAACUUUAUCAUGAGUAACCAGGAAAUCUGUGAUGUCAUCAGCCAGUGCCACGAUCCUACAGAGGCGGCCCACAUCAUCGCCGAGCAGGCUCUGCAGUACGGCUCUGACGACAACAGCACGGUCAUCGUGGUUCCGUUCGGAGCGUGGGGAAAGCGGCAGAAUUCCCACCACAGCUACUCCAUGAGCCGAAACUUCGCCUGCAGCGGACGCUGGGCCUGAAAAGUCACGACCUUUAACGCUGAACUCCGCUGGAAUGUGUUAUGUAACACGCUGUAGCUUUAACGCUACAUAUCAAAGUAUUUUCGAAAAGUAUUUUAUAGCAGAUGAUAAUUGACAUGUAUUAUGUCCAAGUACUUGAGUAUAUUCGAGUAUCAUAUUUUUGUACCCAAUGAUAUUUUCCCCUUGUAUAUAUUUUCAGAAACAUUUGCUACAUUAGCAAUUUGAAUAGUAUUUUUGUGACAGCUACUAUAGUGGCGAGUUAAAAACCUUUUCAGAUAAGUGGCCUUCUUGCAGGGCAUAAAUCUUCUGAAUCAUGAGAUGUCCACUGACUCAGUAAAGUCCUUAUCCAACCAAAUGGAAAAAUAUUAAACUAUGAGAAUGAUAAUAUAACAUUGUUGUAGAUUCUUAAAUCAAAACCCAUGCUCAUGGAGUAUGGUGUCAAGCCUUGUUGCUGAUAUUCCUAGUUUUUCCUAGUAACUGUAAAUUAUAUAAAUUUUUUAUGUAGUUGAUGCUCCUCCUCUCUCGAGUGCUAACGUACCACUACAUCCAGCACCUUAAAGCUUCCCAAAGGUUUCCCUUUUUUAGAAAAGUAGAACCACUUUGAAAACCAGCCAAAUAAGUCUUGGGAAAAGCUCUUGUUUUCCUAGACGUAUCAGCAGUCUCAGCAUCAGAAGCUCCGCCUACUGCUCACGUAAUGUCUGAUACAUUUCGCACUUUUCUGGCCACAAGCUUCAGGAUCUUACAUUCUCACUGGCCCUUUACACUUCAGUGUGUACACAUUUUUAACACAACAAACUUUUCGGAGCAAGAUAACUGGACACUGGAUUAAGCCAUUUAUGACAAUCCAUGGUAAAAAUUGUUCCAGAGUUUUAUCUAAAGCAGUGAUGAGUAAAUAAUAUACUUGCUCGAUUA